AUGGGGCAACAGUCACUGAUCUACAGCUUUGUUGCACGGGGGACGGUGAUCCUCUCAGAGUUCACCGAAUUCACGGGGAAUUUCACCAGCAUAGCCUCACAGUGUCUUCAAAAACUUCCGGCGACAAACAAUAAGUUCACCUACAACUGCGAUGGCCACACCUUCAACUACCUCGUCGAAGACGGCUUCACCUAUUGUGUUGUUGCUGUUGAAUCUGCUGGUAGACAGGUUCCAAUGGCAUUUCUUGAGCGAAUUAAGGAGGAUUUCACCAAGAAAUAUAGUGGGGGAAAAGCUGCCACAGCUGUUGCUAAUAGUCUGAAUAGAGAGUUUGGGCCCAAACUGAAGGAGCAGAUGCAGUAUUNUGUGUAUGAAAGAGAAAAAGAGAGGGUUUUCACCAAGGAAAAUUGGUGGUGA